CGGUUACCUGCCGUUGUCGAGUGAGUGACAUGCUCUGCUCUGCUAUCGGGGCACAAAGGACCGGCCUAUCCAACGACCUGGCCAGAUGUAAUUUCAUUUCAAGGAUGUGAGAUGUGCGAUCAGCGUUAGUUGGGGUCAGUUUACAAAGGACACCACAAUGACAAGAGUGUAGAAGAGUCACCACUUCUACCAUUUCCUGGACAGCUUUUUCAAAAUACACGUUUUGGUUGUCAUGGUGAUUAAAGUGUUAACUCUUUGUUUCAUGUUCUAGAACUUUCUGUUUAAAAAAAUUUCAUGGACUAUACUAUACUGCUGUUAACUGGGUGAAUCGUUUUUUAAAUUUUCUUUUUAUCUUGAAAAGAGGAAUUCAUAUAAGGUGUAAUAGCAAAUUAAAAAAAUGUGAAUUCUUUUUGGAAUUUUCUGUUUUAAAUUUUGUUGUUGUGUUUGGAUUACUGUUAUUGAACGCUUUCUGUUUCACAAUAUCGACCAAGUGAAUAUUACACAUUUUUCCUUCCUGUUUAACAAAAAAAGAGGAAUUUGUACAGGUUGUGAUAGCACAGUCUUUGUGAUAGUUACUGGAAUUUUCUGCUUAAAUUUUCCUUUUGUGAAUUACUAUUGUUGAACAGUGAAUAAGUGGAUAUAAAAAAAUAGUGUUCUUGAAAAGGAGGAAUUCUUCAGGUUAAUGUGUGAAUGUUCUUACAGAGAUAACAGAGCAGUCUUUGUUGUAUCAGUCGAAUUUCGCAACUUUCUGCUUUCAUUAUUCAUGGAUUACUCUACCUGAACUAUUUUCGUUUCACAAUAUUGCGCAAGAGGAAAUUUUAAAAAGUUAUAUUCUUCUAGGCUGGAAGUGUGAAGUUCGGACUGUGAUUUCAGUGGAAACUGGUCUGUAUUUCAUUCUUUUAAAAUUAUUACGAAAAUAUAAUUUAUUAUCAUGAAGUUCAAAGUUGAAACAGUGAGCGAGCAAACUGCAUUCAUAAGUCCGGAGGAAAAUGAAGCAAAAGAAAGUGGUUCCAAAGAAAGUGGGACCAAGGAAAGUGGGACCGAUUCUGUAGACACAGUUCCCGGGGACACGUCCAAGAACGGGAAGAAAGUGCACAUUGUAGAAAUCGAAUCCGAAGAUGUUGGUGCUGCCCACAAAGCCGAUGUUCCCGGUGAUGACGAUGAAGACCCAGGAUCGUCUGUAUCACACCACAUGGCGCUGUAUGAGGAUGAUCUCCAAGAUUCAGGGAAAGUAUCUCAGCUUCUGCGACAGAUCGCCAACUACCAGGCGGGAAUCACCCCCAGUCCUAAAGAGUUCACAAAAGGCAAGGCUCUAAAGAAAGCCAACCUGGGCACAGUUCUCGGUGUCUAUCUUCCGUGUAUUCAGAAUAUUUUCGGCAUUCUCCUCUUCGUGCGGAUGACGUGGAUUGUCGGGAUGGCCGGAGCACUGGAAUCUUUCUUCAUCGUCUUCAUCAGCUGUUUAACAACGAUGCUGACAUCCAUCUCAAUGAGCGCCAUAGCAACGAAUGGCGUGGUUCCUGCGGGUGGCUCGUACUUCAUGAUUUCUCGGGCGUUGGGUCCUGAGUUUGGUGGUGCGGUUGGUGUUCUCUUUUAUCUGGGAACAUCAGUGGCAUCGGCCAUGUACAUCAUUGGAGCUGUGGAGAUUUUAGUGAAAUUUAUAUCACCUGAGAUAUCGAUAUUUGACGAUGUGUUUCACAACUAUCGGCUGUAUGGGACUUGUGUUCUAAUUGUGUUAGCGCUGAUCGUGUUUGUUGGAGUGAACUUUGUCAGCAAGUUUGCCGCUCUGUCUCUGGCCUGUGUGAUCAUUUCCAUCUUGUGUAUUUAUAUUGGAAUAUUUGUGUCGAAUGCGGACACUAGUGUUGAGAUCUGUGUACUGGGAGAUCGGUUGUUGGAUUCUGACUCGGUGAUGCUGAAUGGGUCGUUCUACUGUGUGAAGAACGAGUCGAGUCCGAUCUACCAACACUACUGUGUGGACAAUAACUUCACGGGGGAUGCGUGCGACUACUACAACAACGAUGACAAUGUAGCACGCACCAUGAAAGGAAUUCCGGGCAUCACCAGUGGAGUUUUCAUGGAAAACUUCAUGAAUCACUAUACUGAGGUGGGUAACGUGGUUGGAACCUCAGACCCAGGUUCAAGGUCGCGGGGAGAGGUCAUUGCUGAUAUCACAACCUCCUUUGUGAUUCUCCUUGCCAUUUACUUCCCAUCAGUCACAGGCAUCAUGGCUGGAUCGAACAGGUCAGGUGACUUGGCCGAUGCUCAGAAGUCGAUUCCCACCGGAACUAUCCUGGCCAUAGCCACAACCUCCUUUGUGUAUGUAACAACAGUGUUUUUCUUUGCUGCUUGCAUUGAGGGCCCUCUGCUACGGGACAAGUAUGGUAUCAGUAUAGGUGGCAACAUGUUAAUAGGCAAGUUGGCCUGGCCAAAUGAGUGGGUCAUCAUGAUUGGUUCAUUCCUGUCCACGCUCGGAGCUGGACUCCAGUCUCUUACAGGUGCGCCCCGGUUACUGCAGGCAAUUGCUAAAGACAAUGUGAUUCCGUUCCUCAGUGUGUUUAAGAAGACGACGAAGCGCGGUGAACCGUUCCGCGCUCUUCUGCUCACAGCCGCAAUAUCCGAGCUGGGAAUUCUGUUAGCCAGCCUCGAUUACAUAGCUCCUAUUAUCACAAUGUUUUUCCUAAUGUGUUAUGGAUUUGUGAACAUGGCGUGUGCCCUGCAGACCUUGCUACAGACCCCAAGCUGGCGACCACGGUUCCGGUUUUACCACUGGACGUUGUCUCUGUUAGGUCUGACUCUGUGUGUGACUAUGAUGUUCAUAUCCAGUUGGUACUACGCAUUGGCCGCCAUAGCUCUUGCCAUCUGUAUAUACAAGUACAUCGAAUAUAAAGGUGCUGAGAAGGAGUGGGGUGAUGGGAUCAGAGGUCUGGCCAUGUCUGCUGCCCGCUACUCUCUACUAAAACUUCAGGAGGGACCACCACACACAAAGAACUGGAGACCACAGCUCCUGGUGUUGAUGAAACUGGAUGAAAACCAUCAGCCCAAAUACCCGAAACUGGUUAAAUUUGCUAGUCAGCUGAAAGCAGGGAGAGGUCUAACUCUGGUUAUGAGUGUAAUGAAGGGAAAUUUCUGUGAAAACUUUGAGGAUGCACAAGCAGUGAAAGAGUCACUAGACAAACUGAUGAAGAACUAUGGUGUAAAGGGAUUCUCUGAUGUUUGUGUCUCCGAGACUGUCUCAGAAGGAAUCUGCCAUUUGAUACAAAAUGCUGGACUAGGUGGUUUAAAACAUAACACGAUUGUGAUUGGCUGGCCGUACGGUUGGAGGAAGGAAACUGAGACACGGAAUUACAAAGUCUUUAUAGACAGUGUCCGCAACACACAGGCAGGGGAGAAGACUCUGCUCGUCUUAAAGAACAUAAAUCAGUUUCCAGACUCCGAGAAACUUCACGGAACUAUUGAUGUCUGGUGGAUUGUACAUGAUGGAGGAAUGCUGAUGUUACUUCCAUUCCUGCUACGACAAGACAGAUCUUGGAAGCACUGCAAGCUCAGGAUAUUUACUGUGGCCCAACUGGAGGAUAACUCAAUUGAGAUGAAGAAGGAUCUGAAAAGCUACUUGUACCAGCUACGAAUAGAGGCUGAUGUGGAAGUUGUUGAAAUGAACAGGACGGACAUUUCUGCGUACACCUACGAGAGAACGCUGAUGAUGGAACAGAGAACGCAGAUAUUGAGAGACUUACAGUUAAACAAGAUAGAGCCACAACAAAUUAUGGAUCGAUUGUAUAAGCCGAAACAAAACACUGCACACAAGGUGACAUUUGAUACAGUUGAUGAGGAAGAAGAUGAGGAAGAAGAUGAGACUGAUGGGAGUGUUGCCUUGGAAAUCGGGGUGAACAAAUCUCAGUUUACGUUCUCACCUCAAGACGGCAGGGCGUUCAACAGACAGAUCCAGGACACCAAGCUUGCUACAAAGAAUGUGCGAAGAAUGCACACGGCCGUUCACCUGAACAAACACAUCGUGGAGAAAUCCCAUGAUGCUCAGCUUGUUAUUCUCAACCUGCCGGCUCCACCAAAACAAAAAGCUGGUGACGAGAACUACAUGGAAUAUCUCGAGGUCCUCACAGAAGGCCUGGAGCGAGUUCUGAUGGUGAGAGGAAGUGGAAGAGAAGUCAUCACAAUCUACUCCUGAUCACACAACGCUCGUAUUAUACAGUGCAGUAGUUGGUUAGAAAACAUCAUUGCCAAAAUAAAACAUUCAGCCAAGAUUCCUGGGUUAUAAAUUGAAGCAGUUAUCAGGAAAACAUCACUACAAACUUAAAACAUUCAACGAAGAUGCUUGUUUUACAUAAUGUAUGUAAUGGAAUAGUUGUCAGCAAAACUUCAUUGUGAAAUUAAACAUUCCACAUUAUAUCAAAUAAAACAAUUUACCUUUAAAUUAAGCACAUUCCACAUUAUAUCAAAUAAAACAAUUUACCUUUAAAUUAAGCACAUUCCACAUUAUAUCAAAUAAAACAAUUUACCUUUAAAUUAAGCACAUUCCACAUUAUAUCAAAUAAAACAAUUUACCUUUAAAUUAAUUCACCUUUUUUUGCACCCAUAUAUGCUGAACUUGUAGAAAUAUUUUGUUCCAUACGACUUUUAAAGUCUAACACCUACCAUUACAUCACUGAGUUUUGCAAACAGAAUCAUAAAAAUAUAUUUUGUUAUAUAUACAUUGUACAUUUGACAAUUUGUGUCAUGUUAUAGUUCUACUGCAAUUCUACUUUUGUUCUGUUAUGUUACUGUGUAUUAUUUUUACUACUACAGGGAUGCUAGUGCUACUUCUACCGGACCAUUAUUGGCUAUAUAAUCACUGUUAUUAAUAAUACCGUUUAUAAACGUGUUGAUGUGUACACUGAUACUGUUACAUACAUGUGUUACUAUUACCGGUACUACUUCUAUCAGGGCUACCGUAUACAACAUAUAAUAGGUGCUGGAAGUAGAAUUGUUUACAUUCAUAACCCACAGUUCCUUUGUAUUACAACUGGUCUCUCUGUAUGAUUUACUAAAGUGCCAUGCAUAAACAGCUGAUUUAUAUAUUAAAAUACAUGAAGUAUCUUUCUUUUUAAAA